UAAGUUGUUCCAGCAAUGACUCUGCCAUGAACGAACUUAAAUCAGACUUGCUCAGGCUGUUCUCCGUCUGGGUCAGGAACAGACACGCUCUGCUUCUGGAAAUACUAUAUAAAUCCUGCCCAACUUCACUCUGUAGCCUCGGCUGAGAAGGACUUGAGAGGGUAUUGCUCUGGAACUUGAGUCGGGACCUGCUGGUGGGAAGAAAACACGACCAGCGGAGUCGCACUUCUCUGUUCUCUGGAUUUUGUCUGACCUCAGGCGCUCUGGAGAUUGGAAGGAGCCCUACCCAUUGGAGCCUUUCUCUAUAAGACAAGACAAUAUACAACUGCAACAUGCCCUCCACGUUUGAGAGAACUACCAAGAAAUUGGUCAAAGAGAUCGGAGACCAAGAGCUCAGACCUGUCAAAAGUUUGCUGAGCGCCACCAAGAUACGCCGGUUUUCUCUAAUACAGAGGAAGAAGGCUCGGUCUUGGUUUUGGCAACGACCUGAUGAACCACUUGAUGCCUCCCUCAUGGACAUCCUUGAACCAGGUUCUUCGGUCCCAGAUGCUGCUGUGGAAGUGUCUGUCCUGUUCAGUGACACUGAGGUCUCAAAGCAGCAGGCGGCUGGAAGCGUGAAUGCUGGGGCAGAAGUGGGCUUCUCGGGGGAGACUGCUGCGUGUCAAGAGUCCUCCCUUGACAUCCAGAUUGUUAGCACCCCACAAAAAUCCUGGACAGAGCUUCAGAAGAGGAAACUGCUGGACCCAGAGCCGUACUUUCUGAAGCAAUGCCGGGAAGCAGGGGUGAAUCUGUAUGUUGUGACCGAGACUGUGGAGCUGCGCAACAGCCCUGUGCUGCCGGAUCUCAGCAGCGCGAACGUCUCAGGGAAAUUCUUCUUCCCUCUGAAUAUUUUUGUCAAGGGUGAAGCACAGGGAGGGGGUCUCAAAGUGAGAAAGAAGACGUUGACUGUGCCGAAGGGCUCGGUGCUGGCCUAUACGAGGAAGCAGCUGGUUUUCUAUGGCAGAGAAUGGGAAAUUCUUCACAUCAUAUUUCAUAAUGAUGCGGAAACCUUUCAAGCAGAUAAGCACAUUAAUGGGAUUCCUUCUGGUUUUCAACUUUUCUCAGGCAUCGGCGAACCUCCCAGUGAUGAAUAUACAGAUGAUGAUGAUGAUGAGAAAACCCUUUUAGGAGGCACUGACGAACCUCCCAGUGAUAAGUACAGCAAAGCGAAGCGUAUAUGUCUUAGAUUUCCAGCAGGCACUGACGAACCUCCCAGUGAUGAAUAUACAGAUGAUGAUGAUGAUGAGAAAACCCUUUUAGGAGGCACUGACGAACCUCCCAGUGAUAAGCACAUUAAUGGGAUUCCUUCUGGUUUUCAACUUUUCUCAGGGACCAACACAGGCCCCUGGCCUCAGGGAGAUCCUGUCUCCUUUGAGUGUGUGUUUGGGGAGCAAGGACUAAGCUGUUGCAUCGGCGAACCUCCCAGUGAUGAAUAUACAGAUGAUGAUGAUGAUGAGAAAACCCUUUUAGGAGGCAUCGGCGAACCUCCCAGUGAUAAGUACAGCAAAGCGAAGCGUAUAUGUCUUAGAUUUCCAGCAGGCACUGACGAACCUCCCAGUGGCACUCUUCACAUUACAGAUGAUGAUGAUGAUGAUGAUGGUGCUGGUGAUGAUGAUGAUGAGAAAACCUUUUCAGCAGGCACUGACGAACCUCCCAGUGAUAAGCACAUUAAUGGGAUUCCUUCUGGUUUUCAACUUUUCUCAGGGACCAACACAGGCCCCUGGCCUCAGGGAGAUCCUGUCUCCUUUGAGUGUGUGUUUGGGGAGCAAGGACUAAGCUGUUGCAUCGGCGAAUCUCGUGAUGAGUAUACAGAUGAUGAUGAUGAUGAGAAAACGUUUUCAGCAGAUUUCAAGCUGCUACAAGAGGAGGUUUCCCAGAACAUAAAAGCGGCCGAGCUCUCAAAGGACAUGCAAGGUGUUGUGUUCUCCAAACUCCUGGCCAUGCUUGGGGACCGCAAGGCUCUUCAGGACCUCAUGGACAAGCUUGAAGAGGAACCCUUCGGUCAUUUGGAUGGCCCUGGUGGCACCAUCCUAACUGAACUGCGAAAGGACUUCCGUUAUCCAGAGGUUGGCCCAGGGUGCCUCAUCCUUUACCUGCUUGAAGCCUUAAUGGUGCUGAGUGACAUCCAACAUGUCCUGCUGGCUCAGUCCAUGGAGAAGAGGAUCCUCCUUCCGCAGAGGGACCUGGUGAGGAGCAUCCUGGAGCCCAACAUCAACUGCUCUGAGAACACUCCCUUUACCCUCCAGCCUGAGCUCCUGGCCCCACUCCAGGGGGAGGCCUUGGCCAUUACCUAUGGGCUGCUGGACGAGUGUGGCCUGAAGAUGGAGCUGAACAGCCCCAGGUCAACCUGGGACCCGGAAGCCAAGGAGCCCCUGUGUGCCCUCUAUGCGGCCCUCUCCGUGCUGAGCCAGCUGGCUGAGGCCUGAGCCCACCUGGGGGCAGGCCAGGGAGUCAGUCCAGUGAGCUAGUCAGUCCUGGUCCUGUCCUUUGCUGCAAACACCCCCAGGCUGUUCUCUGUAUCCGUGAGUCUGUAUCUAUUCCACAAAUAAGUGAUAAGUCUUUGUCUUUGUCUGUUUGACUUAUUUGACUUAGCACAAGGCCUUCGGUUUGUCCAUGUUGUCACAUAUGGGGAUGGGUUGGAAGGUGGGGAUCAUGCAUGGACAUAGGGAGAACAUUGAAGGAGUUUCCCUAAUUGCUCGGGCACUCAGUGGUAUAUUUUAAAAAGUAGGAGCUUGAAAAGUAGAUAUAUUUAAUUCUGCUUUAAAUAGAUUCCAGGAGUAUUUUGGGGAUAUAUAUAUACUCAUAGGAUCACAUCUUUGUGCUUCAUCUAUUGAAUGACUGUAAUUAGUGCUAUUUUCUAAUGAAUUUAUAAUUUACACCAGAAGGUGGCAGCAUUGACACACAGAAGGAAGCUUGGUGAUGGCAGACACUUUCCUUGAUUUGCUUUGAGACUUCUGAGUAAAGGCAGGCCCCUCUCUCUGCUCUGCUCUCCCUCCUACCCCCUUCUCCCUUCCUCUCCCUUUGCUGCCUCCCCACUGCAUUGAUGUGGAAUAGGCUGGGAGAAAUGGGGCUGGGGCAGAGGGGGUCAACACUGGCUUCUUUUUAUAGCUUCUAGAACCUUCCUUUUAAACACUGCAUUGGUUGUAUUGAAUAAUUCCCAUAAAGAGCUCUGGGAGGUAAGAGUGAGUUAUGGGGAACUUAGAGCUGUUUCCAGUGUUUCCGGAAACGCCAGCCCUUCUGCUGGGAUUACUAUGGUUGUCUGGGAAAGCUGUUGUCUCAUGCUGAGCCCAGGCAGAAGCCAUGAAGAGCUUGAAUGUUGCUCAGUAAGCAGGGUAUAUAGUUUCUAAAUGAAAUCAGCCAAGCAUGGGAACAUUUCUCAAAAUAUUGCAACCUUGGUCAACCCAUCGGAAAGCAGUGCUGGCACAAAUGAUAGGGGGACUUAUGGCCUGAUAGAUAGAGCACCUGCAUUAAUCUGGAAAAUAAUAAUAUUAUUUUAAAUCUUAGAACACAUAUACUUAUGUGAAUAGGGGGUUAAGUUGUUCCUAAGUUUUCUUUCCAAGGCCUGUGUGAAGCGAUGGAGGAGCUGACUCAGCUGUGAACUCAGCAAGCAGAACCUAUAAGCAUGGUCAGACCCACCGACCAGGAGUCAAAACAUCAUCUCAUCAACAUCAUUUCGUUACCUCAUGACAAUAGCUUAUGUCUGGGGACCUCCAGAGCUGUGCAUAGCUCCAUUGCAUCCCCAGCCUCACCCCAGCCCCUUCCCCUGUAUAACCCUGUCCCCCAUUGAAUGCUUGUAAACACCCUCUCUUCUUGGUUAGCUGGCCUUCUCAAUAAAUGUCUUCUAUGAUUCGA